AUGCGGACUCUUUGCAGCUGCACCGAGCAGGCGCUACUCUUCACGGCUUCUCACGGCUGCAGACCGCAGGCUCCAGGCUUCCAUAAGCGCAGCGUGCGGAUUCCGUGGCCCUGGCUCGUGGGCUCUAGAGCCCACGUCCCUUGCACGGCCAGGCAGCGUCUUCGUCACUGGGCCGCCAGGAAAGCCAAGACCAGCACUUCGUGA